AGUUUCAAUGCGAGUGAACAGCUCGUUGCAGAGGAACAACUUAACUUUCAAUUUCGAUUUAAUUCAGGAAAACAUGGAGUCCGUCUGAUGUUUGAAGGCUUAAUUUGGUCUAAAACAAACGCUUCGUAAACAAUUUAAGAGCAGUAAAGGAGAUUUCCGAAAGCAAGAGAACGUUAUACUUUAUAUAACCGGGACACCUCGACUGAACGCUUCGGUUUGCGCCUGGCGUCACCAUUACUUCCCUGGCAGACUGGUACAGUCGUUGUUGUCGUAACCAGAUUAUCAGCAUGUUGGAAGAAUCGGGGCCAGAGUGGUUGUCUGCGGAGGUGAAAACCGGGACAACCAUCAUUGCCAUAGAGUUUGAUGGAGGGGUCGUGCUGGGGUCUGAUUCCCGAGUGUCUGCAGGGGCAUCAGUGGUGAACAGGGUGAUGAACAAGCUGUGUCCCCUCCAUGAUAAGAUCUACUGUGCUCUGUCAGGCUCUGCUGCUGAUGCUCAGACCAUUGCUGAGAUAGUCAACUACCAGCUCGAUGUCCAUAGUACUGAGAUAGAUGAGGACCCCCAGGUUUGCUCAGCUGCAACUCUAGUGAGGAACAUCUCGUACAAGUACAAGGAGGAGCUGUCUGCACAUCUCAUUGUGGCCGGCUGGGACAGAAGAGAUGGAGGACAGGUGUUUGCAACCCUUAAUGGUCUCCUAACAAGGCAGCCAUUUGCAAUUGGUGGCUCUGGCAGCUCAUAUGUUUAUGGGUUUGUUGAUGCUGAGUAUCGCAGGGGCAUGAGCAAGGAGGAGUGCCAGCAGUUUGUUGUCAACACUCUGUCUUUGGCAAUGAACCGGGAUGGCUCCAGUGGUGGUGUGGCUUAUAUCGUCAUCAUUGAUGAACACAGCACAGAGGAGAAAGUCAUUCUUGGAAAUGACUUGCCCACCUUCUUUGAUCAGUGAUACAUAUACAGUUUUUUAUCGCUAGUUUGCCAAGCCACUGUCAUGCAUAAUGCAAUUAGAUUUUGUUUUGCUCACAAUAGCCACCACACUCACACUUUUUGGCUCAUCUGUCAACUAAUUCAGCUUGUAAACUAAAAAAAUAUUGGACAAGCCUUAGCCUUAGCCUUUGUGUUUGUUAGUAAUUUAGAAGCUGCUAGCCCUCUCAAAUCAUCAGAUUUAUCUGAUCAAGUUUGUGGGUUAAAAAAAAAACUUUUGUCAUAUUUGCUGAAACAAUCACUAUAUUCACAGAGCACUAACUGAGACAAAUAGUCUGUGAAAAAAAAUCACAUUUCUCACUCUAAUGCCCUGUAGCAUUUUUACCACACUUAUGAAAACAAACAAUCAGAGGCCUGUGGAUAUUCUCAUUCAUCCAGGUCAUAGUUAUCUCAAGGCAAUUGAAUCGAACGCAACUGGACUUGGUUUUGUCUUAGAAGACGUUUCACCUCUUAUCCAAGAGGCUUCAUCAGUUCAUGCUUGUCUGACUAGGCUGAAACUAGUCUGCACAACAAUCAGAGCUGAGGAGUCUCUAACUCAGGGGUCAGUCACUGCUCAUCAACUGUGGUCAAACUGUCAAACUAGGCAAUGCUGAUCAAAUAUAAAUCAAGAUUCUGUUCAGGCAGUGAUGUUUUCAGAAAGAUGCUUCAAUGUGCUGUUUAGCUAUAAAAUAAGAAAGUUGGCCCAGGCGGUGGGCGGCUCACCACCUAUCACAAACACACAUUUUGCAGCUAAACAGUGCACUAAAAUAUGUUCUGGAAACUCUGAGGCGAGAAUGCAGUAACAAAAUCUCGAUUCCUAUUUCCCAGCGCUGCUUAGUUUGACAUUUUGACUGCACAAGAGCAGUGAUUGACAUGACUGACAGCUGCUUUAGAGACUCCUUGGCUCUGAUUGGUUGUUUUUGGUGCAGCAAGUAGAUUCUAGCAAAUGCCAUUAGAAGCAUAGGAAGGAGAGGAGGGGCUUGAUUUUUUUUUCACAAAUUAUCUGUUGGUUAUUUUCAGAAAAGUAACCAACUGUAGCUUUAAGAGACUUUGACAUGUAACAAACAAGAAUCUUACAGGCCUUUAUUGAUUUUUCUGCCAAGGAAAAACUACUGAGACAACAUCCCUGCAUGUAAUUCUGUCAGCAUAAGACAUGGAAAUGGUUACUGUGUCUAUCAAGUGGUGUUUUUCUCUAGCCACCAGGUCAUCAGAGGCCUCUUCCUUUCAUUAAACUUGUUGCAAGGCUCAUCAAACAGUCAAGGAGGCUGCACUACCAAUUUAUGUUUUAAUGGGCCUGAGUGGCAGAGUAAAAAAAAAAAAAAAAGUAAAUUUGACAAAACCUGCAGCACCUGUGACAUACCUUAAGCCUCACUAUAAAUACUCCCACAGAAAGUUUCUCUAACAUUAGCAGCAGCCCUUGUCUGUGUGAUGUGUUCAGUCUGACAAACAUUUCACCAACAAGUGAAAGUCAGUUUUUUGCACCACCCAGGAUUAUGUCACCCUUUUCCUUUACUCAGCAGAGGUGUUUUUCAUUCCAUAUGAAGACUAGAUUAAGUUGGUCAUCUGCCUCCAUGAUUUACAGUUGCAGACUGGACACAAUUACUGCUUUUUUAAAUUUACAUUAUUGUAGUGCAUAGUGCCCACAGAUUGUGUGAAAUUUGGAAUAAAAUAAAAGCCCUGUGUUGACAUA